AUGAUCGGUUAUAAAAGCUCGAAAACUGGAAACAUCACAAACGAGAGAUUCAGCUGGGUUCCAAAUGAGUGUGCUUUGCUAAUUUCGUGCAAUUUGGUUUCAAUACAUUACAAAGACAAAUGUAUCGCGAUACCUCGAAUAUCGUGGCGACUGAAACAUGAGGCGGCCUGGUGCAGCACAUUCAUUUGCCUGGAAACAGUACAAACGAGAGAUUCAGCUGGGUUCCUUGUGAGCCUCUCGGAAAACCAAAUGAGUUUGCAAAUGAGUUAUGCUGUUGUUGAGCGAAAUACACUCAGCUGCAAACAAAUUUGGUUUUGUGAGAGACUCACCUGGAACACACCUGGGUCUCUGGUUUGUGAUGUUCAAGUAGAACAUAAGGUUGACGGAAACUCGGAGACUGCGCCUAAUUGA